AUGGCGGCUGUACGCCUUCGCAACGCAUUUCGAUAUCCAGAUGAUCUGGAUGACGAUCAGGACCAUCUCGACGAACAACAACAAGAACAACUCAUCGAGCAGUUGCAGCGUCAAAAUGAUACCCGAAACGCUCAAUAUCAUCUAAUAUUCACAACGAUCCCCCUCCUCGCCACCCUCCCCUUCCUCUUCACUCUCUUCUCAUCCUCAUCCAUGGCCCUCCUCUCCAUCCUCAGCAUCCUCUCCCUCCUAACAUCCGCAUACACAAUGCGUCUGGCCCCCCUACGCCCAGACCACAAGGGCAAAAGAGCGGUGACUGCCUCCACGCAGCGCAGAGAUCGAAUCCACGCGGCGCUUGUCCCGGGGAAUGCGCUCCUCGUGCUCGUAUUGGGGGGUUCGGGGUGGGCGAUGAGGGGUGCUGGAACUGGAGCUGGAGCUGGAGCCGGUAUGGGGAUAGGGAUGUUGUUUUUUAUCCCGGGGGUGUUGUUGGGUGUCGUGUUGAUUGCGCAACGGACGAUGCUCUCCGUGGAUAUUUCGACGUUGAAGCAGUUGCAGUAUGGGUAUAAAGGUGCUUAG